AUGCUCGCCGCUGCGCUGCAUGUGCUCGCCCUCGCGCGCGCCUGCAACGCCGAUCAUCUUCAGGUCCGGGCCGAACCCAAGCCAAUCACUGGCAUUACUGAUUGGAGUUCCGGUCGCCCUCCCAACGGCAUCAACGACGCGGAAUGGGCGAAAGUCAUGGCCAAGCCCGAUCUCGCGGCCGUCCAUCCUGUCAUGGGCUUCGACACGUCCAAGGCCUAUCCGUCCGAAUCGAGGGGCUGGACCGUCAACGUCGCUGUGCGGCAUGGUAUCCCUGCCAAGGACUGCAUGCAUGUCCAGAACCUGACGGACGACGACGUCUUCUCCGCCUGGAUGCUCCGUCUCGAGCCCAAUGGCGGCGCUUAUACCCCGGACGAGACGUGGAAGGUGGACGUUACCCUCAUGCGCCUCGAGCCCGAGAACAAGACGGCCAUGGUGGGCGACGAUGGGAGCUGCAAGAAGCUACUCAGCGACGCGUGCAUCGACAAGAUCGAAAAGGCCUCGGCAGACAUCCCCCAAGUCCCGCAGGAGUGUCGAUUUGGCUGGACGGGGACCACGAACCCGACACCGAUGACGGGCGGCUACUCGCGCGUCGACGGCCUCGGGUGGCUCCAGGGAACGGUGCUGCAGAAGGCGGUGUCGCCGGCCGUGAAGAAGGGGAACACGACCUUUGAGGCCGCUCUGGCGAGCCACUCCGACAUGGUGUACAUCUCCUGGGGGCGCGCGGGAGAUGUCAAGGGCGGGGCGAGAAUCAGGGGCAAGUUGGUCUGCCUUGGUGGGUUGAACCCUUGGGUCGAGAGGUCGGUCGGCGGCGAGAGCGGUGCCGGGGUGGGAGACAAGGGCACGAGCUUCUUCCUCAUACCCAUCGUCUUCUCUCUUGUCGGAGCGGCACUAUUGCUGUAG